AUGCAAACCUUAACAUGUAUGGUCAAGAAAAAGAUAAAUGUACUGCCACAAACACCCAGUGAUUUACUUUGUAUCAGACUUUUCAAACUUUUAAAGUAUAUUUUAUAAUACAAUUCUAUUCUUCUUAUUCUUCUUAGAUUGUUACAAGUCAUGUCAGCCAGUUGAUGUGGUAUUUGUGAUUGAUAGCUCUGAAAGUGUCGGCAGGACAAACUUCAGCCUUGCCAAAAAUUUUGUCAUCAACAUUGCUAACCGUAUUGGGAAAAUGGCAAAAAAUACAUCUGAUAUGACAGGUAAAAAUGAUUACAUUUCAUCCAGUUGCUGAUAUCUCUUUUAUAAGUCUAUUACAUUAGAUGUUUAUUUUCUGGACACUAAAUUAUGAUGAAUUGAAACCAAAAUUGCAAAUUCUAGGCUAAUAUAACCAAAUAUAUAUCCAAACAAAUCAGCUAUUUCAGCCUAGAUUUUACAAUUCAACCUUUUAACUCUUAAAGAUGUUUAGGGUGUUUGACUAUAUGCCAUUUUAAGUUUUAUUAUACUACUGUGAUCCCAAACACUACUCUCGUAUUUGUAUGUUUUCAAUUUUAGUGAAGUACUGGUACAGCUUCAUCUUCCUAAAGUGCUGAAUUAGCCUUAAAUAAAGAUAUUAUACCAAAUAGUAGUUCCAAAUUGUUUAUGGCAAAUAAACUUCUAAAAUAUUUUUAAUACUUCCAGUAUGUUACGUGGUUAUACGUUCUUAAUGCCAUCUUAAACCAUUUAACAAACACGUUAUUGUACUUAAUUAAGCCCCAACACUGCAUACCAAUAUUUGUAGCUUCCUAGGUUUUAACAUACACACAGUAACACAUUUUAAUUUAGAUGUAUUGCUUGAGGAAUUGGUUUUAACAAUUAGCUGUGCUUUAAUUGAACUCAUGCCUUUAACUGUGUAUUUCUCAUUAAGAGUUCUCCAGAAACAGCAGUUAAUUUAUAAACGUUUGUAUUUUCUGUACGUCCUAGAAUAGAAUGGAUACAUGAUGUUAUGUUCACUAAAGGGUACAUUUUUAAGGAAUGCAAUGCAAAUUCAAAAGGAUUAUCUAAAUUCAGGCCAAAAUAGCAGAACUGAAACAAUGGCUGACUUGUAUAAUUUUUUUCAGUUCAGCUACAUUCAGCCCAAAACUUGACAGUCACUUUGAGUUUUUUCUGAAGGGAAGGACCAAUAAUGUUUUUUUAUGUAUCAUACCUGCUGCACUAUUCGUAGUAAUACUUUGAAUAUUUCUAUGCACAGGUUCCCGACUUGGCGUGGUUCAAUACAGUGAUCAAGGUAACGUCCAAGCAAUCAGAAUGGAUGAUCCUAGUAUUACCACCAAGUCUUCUUUCAUAAGUAGGGUAAAAUCUAUGGAGUGGUUAGCCGGUGGAACAUGGACCCCUUCAGCACUGAAGUAUACCUAUGAGCAGCUGAUAUGGCUAAACGAAAGAGUAGUGAAUAAAGUUGUGGCUAUAGUGAUCACAGAUGGAAGAUACGACCCUAAAGACAUAGACAAGCUGGAAUGGCUAUGUAAAGGUGUAGACGUAUAUGCAAUAGGUAUUGGAGAUAUGUUCAACACAAUCGCUGAGAAAAAGGAGCUGGAAAAGAUAGCCUGCAAUGUUCGUGAACGGGUGAAAAAUCUAAGCGUUUAUGCUGAACUGGCAGCUGAAGAUUUUCUUGAAACUAUGGAAGAUAUACUGUGUCCAGGUAUGUUAAUGCCACACAAGAUGCUCCAAUUGUAAUCCCUUCAGGACCAAUAACAAUGCAUGUAUUUGACAAUAUAGCCAUUUCAAACCCUGUGCCGACAGCAAUAAAGCUCUGCUGUCAAUAAAAGUGGAACUUUCGCGUUUGGGAUUUUUGCAUAACUCAAUUGCUAACUGAGCUGUACACACAGGUACAUAUAUACGUACAGCACUAUAAAAAGAAUACAUAUUGCCUGUGCAGCAUUUUUCUGUUGAUGCACUUCCACAGCAUUUAAGUAUAAAAAAUAUUUACCAAAAAUGUUCCCUGGCUAUUGGCACAACAUGCAUUAGGGCGCCCAGGCAUCUUCUUCCAAAAGGCUCUUUACAAACACCCUUGCAAGGGUAUUUCUUCCAUGGUGGCAUACAGAUACAUGUGAACCCAUGGACCUUGCAUGCAUGGCAUCAUGUGGGUCACAGUCAUUUGCAUUGUAUGUAGUGCUGUACCUAGGCAAUCUUACAUAUAUUUUAUGUUGAUAAAAUUAAAACCAUUUGAGCUUUUAAAUACAAAUACCGAACACUUAGAUUUGACAGUUUUACUUUAAUGUAAUGGAAAUAAACCAAAACAAUCAUAUAAUAUAAAACAUUACAUAGCUUAAUAUAACAUUUUUGUUUUUUACAGAACCUGACAUUACUUGUCCAGACUCAGUUUGUACCCAAGGUAGGAGCAUGUGUCACAAUUAUUUGUUGUCUUACAUAUAAUAUAUAAAAAAAUAUACAAACACAAAGAUAAAGCACCGCGCUUACAGCAGUAGUGGCUUAGUAUCCAACAGCUUAAAAUACAUAGUAAAAACAAAGAAAACGUUACCUGCGCUCUGGCCUAAAUCCCCAUGUGCAUUUAAACAAAAAUGGAGGCUCUUUAGUUUUAUUCUAAUGGCCAUUUGAAUAUAUAAGCUCACCAGCCAUGAGGCUUGCCUUGACGUGGCUGGUGAGCUUAUAUAUUCAAAUGGCCAUUAGAAUAAAACUAAAGAGCCUCCAUUUUUGUUUAAAUGCACAUGGGGAUUUAGGCCAGAGCGCAGGUAACGUUUUCUUUAUAUAAAAAAAUAUAUUGUGUAUAAAUAGAAUAUAUAGGUUUCAUGUUUUCCCAACACUAUAUAUAUAUAUAUAUAUAUAUAUAUAUAUAUAUGUGUGUGUGUGUGUGUGUGUGUGUGUGUUUUUAUUGUGGGGUUGCCCAAAAGGUUGAUUUAAAAAAAUAUAUAUUUUCCCCCCUCCCCCCUUUUAAAGGCUUGGAAAGCAUCCUGAAAAUGUAGUUCUUAAAGUCUCCAGUUUUUUGGGGGGUUUUUUGUGUGUAAUAAUUAUAAAUAAAAAAAUUAAUCAAUCUUGUAGGUAUGAGCACGCACUUCAAUUGCCAAUGAAUUCCUUUUCCCCAAAUGAUUUCAGAGAUCAUUAAAGGACCACUAUAGUGCCAGGAAAACAAACAAAAGGGGUUAAAUUCUUACCCAUCUCCAGCGCCGGGCUCCCUCGGCGCUGUGGACUCUCUUCCCUCUUCCGACGUCACCUGCCGAACGCGCAUUCAAUCAGUCCAUAGGAAAGCAUUUCUCAAUGCUUUCCUAUGGACGUUGGCGUCUUCUCACUGUGAAAAUCACAUUUAGAAGCGCGGAAGUGCCUCUAGCGGCUGUCAAUGAGACAGCCACGAGAGACUGGAUUAACCCUAGUGUAUACAUAGCAAUUUCUCUAGAUGGACCUGGCACCCAGACCACUUUAUUUAGCUGAAGUGGUCUGGGUGCCUAUAGUGGUCCUUUAAGUACCAGCUCUAUCAAUUCACACACUGCUUUUGCUGGAAAUUGGAUGUACAGGGAAUUUUAUAAGUUUAUUGAACUGUGUGUGGUUUCCUUAAAGCUGAAGAGAAAGAUGGUAAUGGUUAAAGAUUUCUAGCAGUCAACAAUUUGCUAAGUACAUAUUCACUCUUUCUACCUAUUGUUAUUUCUACUAUUUUCAAAACCCAACGAGUUUAAUUAGAUGGAAGUACUAAGAAGUAAAAUUUUUUGUCACUUAUGUCACUUAUGUAUCCUCAGAUAAAUCCCUUCAAUAAAGCUAUUUAAUUAGUGUACAAUGUAACUGCGUACAAAAUAAUUGUUUUAUAAUUAUAUAGAUUAAUUUCAACAUAUUUGCAUCACAACAGGACAGAAAAAAAAUCAAAACCUAUUCAUUUUAGAAAAGUUUUUUAACUUCAGAAAAUAUUCUGAAUGUCCUUUCAGAUGUAUUUACAGUUUACAUAACCAUGCACGAUAUUUUUGUCGCUGUAUUCUAGACAGAACUGUCUAGAAAAACUGGUGGUUUUACCAAGCAUAGCAUUGUUGCCACCUAUGGGAUAAAGUGGGUGCUACUGGAUAAAAAAAAUCUGCUUGUCUUUUAUUAUACUAUAGUCACAAACCAAGUGCUAUACAUUGAGCUUUUUAUUAUUUUAUUCCCCUAAUUAAUAUAGAAUGUAGCAGGAAAAAUGGUUCAAAUUAAUGCUGUAAGACAAAGUUACAGGGUUUUUACCAAAUUAAUCCUAGAAUAUUAUGUAAAAUGGUUCUACAGGAUACAUUCUAUGUUACAUUAAAGGAUCACUAUAGGGUAAGGAACACAAACAUGUAUUCAUGACCCUAUAGUGUUAAAACCACCAUCAAGCCCCCCUGGGCCCCUCAUGCCUCCAUAAAAAUAGCAAAAUAUUACCGUAUUCAAGCCAGAAACUGUAACUCUGCAUGCUGUUUGCCUAAAAAAACAACAAGCAGUCUGCUGACAUCAUCAGAAGUGGUAGCCUGAUCCAAUCACAGUGCUUCCCCAUAGGAUUGGCUGAGACUAACAAGGAGGCAGAUCAGGGGCGGAGCCAGCAUGAUUCAAACACAGCCCUGGCCAAUCAGCAUCUCCUCAUAGAGAUAAAUUGAAUCAAUGAAUCUCUAUGAGGAAAGUUCAGUGUCUGCAUGCAGAGGGAGGAGACACUGAAUGUUUGGAUGCAUUUUAGGCAGCCAUGAGCCAGGAAGGAUUUCUAAAAGCUAUCUGAGGAGUGGCCGGUGAAGUUAUCCCUAGGCUGUAAUGUAAAUACUGCAUUUUCUCUGAAAAGACAGUGUUUACAGUAAAAAGCCUGAUGGUAAUGAUUCUACUCACAAAUUCAAUAAGCUGUAGUUGUUCUGGUGAAUAUAGUGUCCCUUUAAUAUUUUAUUUUACUGUUGUUACAUUAAAGGCACAUUGUCAUCACCACACCCUAAAACAUACAACAUUCGGAAACCUAUCUUAACAUAUUAAAAUAUAAUAAUAUAUCCUUAUAACUCAGACACUGCAAAACCAACUUUAAAAUCAUGGAAAUUUUAUAUGAAAAAUAUGAAAAAAUAUGUGUAUGUUAAAAAUAAAAAACCUGAGACCUAAGCAUCAGCAAGUAUAGAUGUCAUCAGUCAGAAAGGUGUCUGUUUCAUAGAAAAAACACGGGAAACAGCUAAUUUGCCAGUGUGGUUAAAUUAAUUCAUCUCUGAUUUUAGUUGGAUCCCUGUUAACGUGAUAAAAAUAUAAGAGAGCUGUGAAAAGUUUUGAGCUUUUGCAAUGACUAACUUCUGUGUUAUUUCUUUGUUUUAGCAAUCACGCUUGGACCACUGGUAGGUCGCCCAGUGGACAUUGUGUUCUUUGUUGAUGGUUCUGAAAGAACAGGCAAGGAGAACUUUGUACAUUUUCUAAGAUUUAUAAAGCACAUAGCACAUGAACUUAAACUAGCAACACAUGACCAGGACCUACAGGGAGCUAGAAUUGCUGUCAUCCAAUAUGGAGGUGAAAAUGAACAAAACAUGCUUCUGGGUUUUACAUUCAACCUAACAAACUUCCAGACAUUGCCUUCCAACGCAGUGUACUAUGAAUCAUCGUCUCACAUUGGUACGGCUAUACUGUAUGUCAUAAAGAAUAUUCUACACGGUCAAUCUGGUGGUGCAAGGGAAAACGCAGAGGUUUCCUUUGUGUUCAUAACUGAUGGAAUGAGCAACAGCAAGAACCUAGCAGAAGGUCUGGAUAUGAUACGUGCCAAUAACAUUGUCACCUGCGCAGUUGCUGUUGGUUCUGAUGUAAAUUCUGCAAGGCUCACACAACUUGCUCUAAAAGAUACAGCAUCCAUAUUCAUCCUAAAACAACAUGAGCAACUAUUCUCCACUGCAUUAAUUAGAAAUAUUGUGCAAUGGUUGGGAUAAAUAUUUGCAAGUGAUCUUGGGUUAUGUUAAUCUAGUAAAUGUAGUGGUCUAUGUGCUUUGAAGUUUAGUUAUGGAAAUACAACAGGAAUCCAGCUACAAACAAUAUGGAAACAUGAAUUAUUUGUACAAUACCCCCUUACCCUUUGUGUUGCCAUCUCUCGUACAAAAUACAAAGCAACUGAUGUGCCAAACAAGUGCAUGCUAUUUCCCCAUGCAAUAUUCACAGGGUAAGGUCACUGCAUUAAAAAUCUAAUUUUAC